CAACAAGACGAAACUCGUACUCUCUAAUUUAUUUGCCUGUUGGAAGGGAUCGUACUGGAAACUCAACAUGGACAGGACGUUCAUCGCGAUACAUCGCAUCGCAUGCUAUGCUCCGAUAAUAGACGCGACGAAUCUCGGCUUGGCGGCUCCGAGCCGGCUACCCCGCAUUACCGGUCAAGUGCACUCCCCGCAUUUUGUCUCUUGCUCUCGCGACUUGCUCUCUUUCAAGAGUCAACUCUACCUUCCUCCACUUUGAAGAAAACAUGGUCACCAACAAGAAGAUUGGAGGAGCGUUCCGUCGAUCAAAGCUCCCCUUGAGGUGAAACAGUUCAAGUUUAGUCAAACCCCACAUACUUCUUGACAGAUGCUAGCGGCACUCGCUUCGUCCUCCGGAAAAAACCUGCAGGUCAGCUUCUAUCAAAAACCGCGCAUCAGAUUGAACGCGAAUACACCAUCCUUCACGCAAUACACGAGCAUAAUGUCAGCCCGUCGACAUCAGCAUCUCAGCGCGUUCCUGCACCAGAGCCUAUCAUUCUAUGUGAAGACAUUUCAAUUAUCGGCACGCCUUUCUACAUCAUGGAGUUUCUAGACGGACGCAUCUUCACAGACGUGCGCAUGCUUGAGGUAUCGCCAAGCGACAGACGCGAAUGCUGGCUAUCAGCUGUUCAAUCUCUCGCUGCCCUGUCAUCCCUUGACCCAGCAGCACUUGGCCUCUCAAACUUCGGGCCUUCGACUGACUACUUUCCUCGACAAAUCAAGUCCCUCACAUCUGUCUCUGUUGCACAGUCACAAGCUGUCGAUAUAGAGACAA